AAACCGGGCCGGAAGUGAGGCGGUGUCUUCCACUCUCCUUCCCGCGCGCCGAGGCGGCCUAAGUAACCGCGGCUGGUGAGGCGGUGAGCGCCCGAACUGGAGCCAAUCAGCUGCGGGAAGGGGCGGGACUUCCUGCGCGGGGGCCGGAGCCGUUGCACCGCCUUGCUCUUCGCGGUCCCGGCUCCGAGGUAGCGGCGGCGGCGGCGUCUCCGUGAGGAGGCGCGCGGGGCCAUGACGUCAGCGUCCACAAAGGUCGGAGAGAUCUUCUCCGCGGCGGGCGCCGCCUUCACGAAGCUCGGAGAGCUGACGAUGCAGCUGCAUCCCGUGGCCGAUUCUUCCCCCGCGGGUGCCAAGUGGACGGAGACGGAGAUAGAGAUGCUGAGGGCUGCUGUGAAGCGAUUUGGGGACGAUCUUAAUCACAUCAGCUGUGUCAUCAAGGAACGGACAGUGGCUCAAAUAAAGGCCACUGUGAAACGAAAGGUAUAUGAAGAUUCUGGUAUCCCCCUUCCAGCCGAUUCACCCAAGAAAGGGCCCAAGAAGGUGGCAUCUGGUGUAUUGUCGCCUCCUUCAACUGCUCCUCCACCAAGCAGCUCCAGUGUCCCUGAGGCCGGGGGUCCCCCCAUAAAGAAGCAGAAGGCUGAUGUGACACUCAGUGCUCUGAAUGACUCGGACGCCAACAGUGACCUGGUGGAUAUUGAGGGGCUAGGAGAAACUCCUCCAGCCAAGAAACUCAACUUCGACCAGGACAGCCUGACUCUGGAUUCUGGCCUUCUCUUGACCUCCGCUGAUCCUCCUCUGCUCUCAUGCUGAGCCUUCCACCUCUGACCCCUCUCACUGUUCACCCUGGACCUGUGGAUCGCUUGGGACUCUGAGCAAGGCCUGCAUGUGACAGGGUGGAAAGGCUGCCAGGGCAGCCCACCUUGCUGUUCCUGUAUGAGCAUCUGCACCCCAACCCCUGGGUCCCCCCCACAACUGAUGGACGUUUUUAUACAGAAAACAAUAAAGAUCUCCCUCUCAGCCUGGU